GGGUACACAACACCUAAGAAAGAUAACUCUAACUCUUUGGUCUGUUUCAUUGUAGCGUUUUAAAAUUACAUGCAAUAUGCAAGACUUUUAAAGAUCCAGAUCAGAAUGUUUACUUGUUGCUAAGAGCAGACGAUCAGGCUAUUGUAAUUCGUUAAUCUUGUUAAAAAUCUACCUUAAUCUAUAAAUAGUUACAAAUUUUUCCAUAAAUGAAUCAGCAAAGAGACAAAACAGGCAAAUUUCAAGGCAACGUUAAUGUAAAAAAGAAAAACAAGAGGUCCGAUUUUUUCAAGUGGUCACAUGAAGGGAAGAAGAAGGACCCCGAAAUAGUUGGCUUAUUUAAUGACCACUUCAACUACAUUCAUGACCACACAGAUAUAGCAGCAGAGGCUGAGAUCACUGAUCCACUUUAUGGGAAACAACAGUCCUGGGUUGUGGGGAGGAGGAUUGUUGAAUUAGACCUUCUUGCAGUGGGAAUGUACUGCUGUAUUUGUAAGUCCCCUCUACACCUGUCCAAUACAGUAGGGGAAAAGCUAUUUGGUCUAAGUGGCAUUAUAAUGAUCCGUUGUGAACUUUGUGACACAGUGACAGAUGUCCAGACAGGGAAAAGAGGACCAACUGGAAGUUAUGAUAUUAACACAAAAGCAGCCAUAGGAAUGAUACAUGCAGGAAUAGGACCUACCCAUCUACAAAACUUUCUUGCUGAAUGUAAUUUGCCAUCUAUCAGUGAAAACACUUUGAGGAAGAAGGAGAAGGAGCUUAGUAAACAGAUUGGGGAAGUUGCAAACAGAUCUUGCAGAACUGCACAGGAAGAAGAAAAAGCGCAGAGUAACAAUAGUAAUGUUGAAGCUAGUUUUGAUGGUGGUUGGCAGAAGAGAGGCUCUGGAUGGAAUUACAAUAGUAAUACAGGACACUCAACCUUUAUUGGAAAAGAAUUUGGGAAAGUACUGUCAUUUGAUUUAAGGAGUAAAACAUGUAAGACCUGUGAGUACCACCAAUUUAGAAAAGAGACUGUUCCAGAUCAUGACUGUCAAUCGAAUUGGCAUGGAUCAAGUAAAGCCAUGGAGGCUGAUAUGGCUGUAGCAAUGGCUCACAGGUUGAAAGAUGAUGGAUGUGAAAUCAAAGUUGUGCAUGCUGAUAAUGAUGCAUCAACAACAGCAAGACUUCAAGUUGAGUUUGACAACAUUUCAAAAAAGGACGACCAGAACCAUGUCAAAAAAGGGAUAUCUACAAGCUUGCAUAAUAUUUCUAAAAGUUACAGGGAGUUGCAGAAAGAUGAAACCAGGCAGUACAUUUUGAGAUGUUUUAUGUAUGCAAUAAAAGGAGGAAAGACAGAAAAUGACAUCAAAAGUAAUCUGGAAAGAAUUGUGCCACAUGUUUUUGGUAGUCAUGAGAAAUGUGAAGAUGUUGACUGGUGUACAUAUAACACAAAUCCUGAAAAUUUCAAGUACAAAAGUCUGCCAAAUGGGAAACCACUAACAUCAGAUGGAUUAAAGGAGGAGUUAAACAGCUUAGUCAGAAAGAUGAUAAGUAGGAGUGAGUCCAUAACUGAUUUAGGAUCAACACAAGCCAAUGAAAGUUUUAAUCAACUUGUAUCUGUAAAGGCACCUAAAGCAAGACAUUAUGGUGGAUCAUGUUCCCUUCAAAAUAGGUUAUCAGCAGCAGUUCUUCAGAAAAAUGAGGGAUAUGGUUAUUUGUCGAAAGUUAAUGUAGCAGCCAGCCUUUCUCCUGGUGAAUUGACUAUGUCAAUUGCAUCAACUCGAGACAAGAAAUGUGAAAAAAGAAAGAUAAAGAAACAGUCAAAAGAAUUCAAGAUUGCCAGAAUUCAGAAAAAAAGGAAGCGCAACAUCAAUUCAAGAAAAGAUAUGGUAAAAGAGGGCAAAACAUAUGAACAGCAGUUAGAACUGUCAAUACAAGAAGACCCUGACCAAGGAAUUGACAUUCCACAACCUCUGAAACUGGAUGGAACUGAAAGUGAUGUGUUCUUUGAUCUUGAAACCACCGGAUUAGGCAGAAAAAGUGAUAUAAUUCAGAUAGCAGCACUGACGAAUAUGAAAAAGUUUCAGAGAUAUGUUAUUCCCCGAGUUGAAAUAAAUAUUGAAGCCAGUAAGGUAACUGGGAUAACAUAUAGCCAUUCCACAAACACAAUGUAUGUCAGAGGUCAAAAGGUGGAAUCUGUAACACUACAUAAAGCACUUCUAGAUUUCAUUUCUUUCUUGAAAGAAUGUAACAACCCAAUUCUAAUUGGACAUAAUAUUUGUAAUUUUGACAUUCCAAUCAUAAAUGAAAAAUUAAAGGAAUGUAAGCUUUUUACAACAUUUUCAAGUAUUGUAAAAGGAUUUAUUGACACUUUGAAAGUUGCCAAAAAAUAUAUUUCGAAUACAGAUAUUCCUAACUUCAAACAGGAAACCCUUGUGAAGCAUUUUUUAGGAGAAACAUACGUAGCUCACAAUGCUAUUGAGGAUGUUCAGUCCUUGCAUAAUUUGUAUGCAAUGAAAUUGGUACACCACAUCAAAUCUGAUGAUUUAUAUGCUUUUGUUUACCACAAAUGUCUCGAUUCUUACUCUGAUAUUUUAAAGAGCAAGGCAGUAAGUAGGCUGAUCUGUGUAAGACUGGCGAAAGAGGGUAUUUCUCUUAAACAUCUUAAACUGGCUGCCUCAAGAGAUUGCAAUGGGAUAAAAUUUGUAUUUGAAGACCAUAAAGUUCCACAGAAGAGUGUGAAAGCCUUCAAUAAAUAUUUGAAAGAUGAAGAAUGAAUAACAGUUAUAUUGACAUAAUGAAGAACUUAUUAUCAUAUAUUUAUUUGUUAACUUGAAAUGUCAUUAAUUGAAUAAGAAUACCUGGUAAUUAGGGUUCAACAAUAAUUUGAUCUGUCCAUCAACCAGCCCGUCCAUCCGUUUUAAAUUUUGUCUCUAAUGACUUAUGUACCUUCAUGAUUUCAAAGAUUAUACUUGUAAAUAUAAAAAAGGAGAUGUGGUUAUAUGAUUACCAAUGAGACAACUCUUCACAAGAGACCAACUGACACAUAUAUUAACAACUACAGGUCACUGUACAGCCUUCAACAAUGAGCAAAGCCCAUACCACAUGUUUAUUCACUAACACCAGAGGAUGUGUCAUACUGAUGUACUACUGUUUAGGUAAAAGGCAAAGGUUAAAAACUAAGUUCAAAGUUGUCAACCCUAUGCUAUGCAUGUGGUAAAGAUCUUGUCUUGAUUUUCAAAGUCUAUACUUUGCAUGUAUGUUCACUUGCAUCAGACGGUCUGUGAUUAUAAAUUAUAUGUACAACUAAUUAGGUCAAGGAUUAAGGUCAAAGUCCAGAACUCUAUAUGUAUGGUCAAGAUGGUCUAUAACUUGAGAAUAGUUUGAAGUAAUGCAAAGGUACACACAUGGUUAUUCAGCACUGUCAAAAGGGAUGUCAUGAUUAUUGGGCAAAUCUUUAAAAAAAAAAUCGAAAUAAAUUACUGAAGUCAAAUGUGGGAUAGCUGAAUUGGUCUUUGAAAAAUAUUGUGUUUGUUAUACUUGAGAACAGCUGAAAGUUUAGUGACCUUACAUGGCAUGAUUAUAUAUAUGCAUCACAUUUGAAGGUGUGUCUCAAAUAAUGUCCAAAUAAUCUUUGUCAAUGGUAACGGUAAAAAAAUGUAAUUGAUCAGAGAUCGGUACCCCAGGUACUUUGAUUAAGGUCUUCCUCACUAUUUAACAUUGGAACCUUUACAGG